AUGGCCGACAUUCUAACCCAACUCCAAACCUGUCUCGACCAGCUCGCGACUCAGUUCUACGCAACCCUCUGCUACCUCAGCACAUACCACGACCAUGUUCCCGCCACAGUUCCACCCCCAGGAUCCGGCAUUACAGACUCUAUGCCAUCUCUAGCCAAAAUUCCUCGUAACCAACCCUCCGCCGCACCCAUGCCCGCCGGCGCAGUCGCAAAACAAACCGCCGAACAACAAGGUCAAGCCUCACCAUCGUUGGGAGUUUCAGGCGCAGGCGGAGCAGGAGGAGGAGAGACAUCGACGCUCCCUCCGGGCGCUAAUGGAGCAGGAAUGCCGUCGUUGAUACCUGGUCAGGGAGAUCCGAAUCAGCCACCAGUACCCGAUUCGCCUCAGCUGUUUUUGUAUCGGCAAAAGGAACUAGCUCGCGAUUUGAUCAUUAAGGAACAACAGAUUGAGUAUCUGAUUGGAAGAUUACCUGGCAUCGGGUCGUCAGAAGCAGAACAGGAAGCGCGGAUUCGGGAAUUGGAAAGCGAACUGAGACAGGUUGAGCAAGCGAGGGAGAAGAAAGCGAGGGAGUUGAAGAAGUUGGGGAAGAGGCUUGAAUUGGUUUUGGGGACUGUUGAGAGAGGAAUUUACUCGAAACAGAGGCAAGGACAGGAUUGA